CAGUAUCACAGCUUAAUUCACUCUUACACAUACAAGCACUGAGAUGGCAGCUGACCAGAGAAAAGAACCAGGCGUUGUGAUUAAAGACAGCUGGUCAGGUUACAGUUUGGAGCUGUUUAAUUAUCCUGAGCAUUAUCGGGGUGAUCUGGAGUGUGUGUACAUCCCUCAUGGAGUCAUUAUGAACAGGAUUGAGUGUCUGGCCAGAGACAUCCUUGAAGACAUCGGACAUCAUGAUCUGAUGGUUCUGUGUGUUCUGAAGGGAGGAUAUAAGUUCUGUUCGGACCUGGUGGAGUCCAUUAAAGCUCAGAGCCGCAGCGCCAACAGAAGACUGACCACCAGAGUAGAGUUCAUCCGCUUCAAGAGCUAUAUGAAUGACCAGUCCACUGAAGAUAUGCACAUAAUUGGACCAGAUGACCUCUCUGUGCUGAAAGGCAAGAAUGUCUUGAUUGUGGAGGCAAUAGUGGACACAGGAAAGACCAUGAGAGCCCUUCUACAGCACGUGGAGACUUUCCAGCCCAAAAUGGUUAAAGUUGCAGGUCUUCUGGUGAAGAGGGUUCCUCACGGGGCGGCGGAGCUCCCAGACUAUGUUGGAUUUGUCAUUCCUAAUCGUUUUGUGGUGGGUUACGCUCUAGACUACAACGAGUACUUCAGAGACCUCAAUCACAUCUGCGUCAUCAGUGAGACGGGGAAGCAGAAAUAUAAAGUGUGACAAAACUCCUUUCAAGAGGAAUGGACAUUUCUAUUACCAUAACAGAUGAAAACCUCGUUGUGACAAAAGAUUACUGUAACACAUGCUGAAUUAUGUUUGAAAUAUAAUAUAAUAUAAUAUGUUUUGCAUGUAAGCAUUAAAACAUGCUUAUCUAAAAAAAAAACCCAGAUAGUUUAUACACUGAUAAUAUUAAAACCACUGACAUGUGAAGUGAAUAACAUUGAUUAUCUCAUUACAGGCACACCUGUCACGAGGUGGGAUGCAUUAGGCAGCAAGUGAACUGUCUGUUCUUGAAUUGCAUUUGUUAGAAACUGAAAAAAAAAAAAAAAAAACAUGUUGUGGGGUGUUCCCGAUAUGCAGUGGUUACUAGUAUCUAUUAAAAGUGAUGCAUGGAAGGAGAUCUAACCGGUGUGAGGGUCAUGAGUGCUUCAGGCUUAUUGAUGCACAUGGGGAGCAAAGGCAGGCCAGUCCGGUCCAUUCACACAGAAGAGCUACUGUACUUCAAACUGUUGAAAAACUUAGUGCUGGCCAUAAUAAAAAUCUCAGAACACACA